UUGUGUGUUUAGAUUACUGAGGGGAAAAUAUUUAAACCAUUUUAGAAUAAGGCUGUAAAGUAACAAAAUGUGGAAAAGUCAAAGGGUCUGAAAGCUUUCAAAAUGCACUGUAUAUGCAGUCGUAAAUGAGAUAUUCAUGAAUGAGAAAUAUUUUUGUGAAUAUUUAACUCAAGUUAAUCUUCAUCAUACUGGCUGCCUUUUAGCUGUUUUGUUGCCAUUCUUGAUUGUCUAGGCGUAGCCCUCUAAAAAUGAUACAUUGUGGCCUGGACGCCCGAUGUGCAAAUGAACAUCCAACCAUAGGCCUAAUGAUAAAUCACCAUAAAUGUGUAGCCUAUUGUUAUUGUGCUAUAGUAUAGCCCACGCUCUGUGUGCAAUUGCUGUUAUGAUCUGAUUUGAGCUGCAUCCUGAGUUGCAGGUGUGUCAGUUUCCAUUCUGCCCUGUAGGUGGGACUUAAUGCUUUGAGCAUGGACCUCGCUUUCUCUCUCGUCACUUUCUUCAACGCGCUAUCCCUCGGAGUCUUGGAGCGGUGCUAGUACAACCUGGAACUAAGCGGCUAACGGCAGCAUGAAUACAGGGUAACAUAUACUAUGCAUUCUAGAGAGGAGGACAAGCUUGGAGUACUGCUUUUUGAACCAUUCCCACUUUGACGGAGUAUUUUUUUCCCCCUUUUUCCUCAUCUGUGAAAUAGAUGGACAUUAGCUAAUUCGCAUCAAUUUGACAUACCUCCAUACAUUCACUCGCCCGCGCGCACACACCACAUAAUUGCAUAUUCAGACGGUCUCCGAUUUGGAGGUUCAAAAACAUCAAGGAUAUUGUCCUAAUAAACGUUGAGUCAUGGAUUCAUUUUUUAUUCCACCACGAAUUUGCUGGUGGAGGGUAUUGUUUCUUUUGACCAUCUUUCAGGACUACUUGAGCAAUAUGCUGGACUGCCCGCCAACCUGCAGCUGUUCUCCAACUGAGAUCUAUUGCAAUAAGUCUGACAAUGGGAAAUUCUUUCCCCUGCUUGCACUGCAAGAUACUGGGAACAAUGGAAAUAACAGUAUCGAAGAUGUGUUCAAGAACAUCACCUCAAUACACAUUGAGAACUGGACUGGCCUGCAGACGCUGAAAGAUGUGGACAUGGAGCUGUACACUGGACUUCAGAGACUAACAAUCAUGAACGGCAACCUGCGAGGUAUCCAGGCCAGAGCCUUCUCCCAGAACCCCCACCUGCGCUACAUAAACUUAUCGAAGAACCCUCUGACCACAUUAUCAUGGCAACUCUUCCAGAAUCUGCAACUCUUCGAGCUGAGGCUGGAAGAAGUGGUGUUUGAGUGUGGCUGUGAUAUCCGCUGGAUCCAGCUGUGGCAGCAGCGAGGGGAGGCUGGCCUGAACACCCAGCAACUCUUCUGCAACAACGGAGCCUCCAAGAUCCCUCUGCAGGCUAUGAAUAUCUCACUCUGUGACCUGCCGGACAUCAGUGUGACGCACUUUAACCUCACGGUUGUUGAGGGGGACAGAGUCACCAUCACCUGUAAUGGAUCUGGAUCCCCCCUACCUGAGGUGGACUGGACCGUCAUUGACCUCCACUCCAUCAACACUCACCAGUCCACUGUGUACUGGCCCAAUGUCCACUCCAUCAAUCUGACCCUGUUCAACGUGAGUCGUGAUGACAACUUCUACAUGCUGACCUGUAUAGCAGAGAACAAAGUGGGGAUGGCGAACACCUCAAUUCAGCUCACUGUCCAUUUCCCCCCCACCAUCCUGAAGCUGGAUGAGCCCGAGCGUCGCCAUGAAACCUGCAUAGAGUUCACGGUGCGUGGCAACCCCCUGCCCACCCUGCGCUGGUUCCACCGGGACAACGAGAUCUCCCCCAGUGACUACAUCCGCACUGAGAUGGAUACCUACCAGGACUACCUAGAGGGAUGCCUCAACUUCAAGGACCCCACGCACCACAACAAUGGCAACUACACUCUGGAGGCUAGCAACUUCCUAGGAGUCACCACCAAGACAGUGUAUGGACACUUCCUCAACGCCCCGUUUCCAGACGAUUAUGGUGACUAUGGGACUCCUACGCCAACCAUCACAGUAACACACAGGCCUGAGGAGGACAAGUUCGGGGUGUCUAUUGCUGUCGGCCUGGCUGGAUUUGCCUGUGUCCUUCUUGUUGUCCUGUUUGUUCUCAUCAACAAAUAUGGACGGCGGUCAAAGUUUGGAAUGAAAGGACCAGUAGCAGUGAUCAGUGGUGAGGAAGACUCGGCUAGCCCUCUUCACCAUGUCAACCAUGGCAUCAUCACCCCCUGUACCCUUGACGCUGGGCCAGAUGCUGUGGUCAUCGGGAUGACCCGUAUCCCUGUCAUUGAGAACCCGCAAUACUUCAGACACGGACACAACUGUAAUAAGCCUGCUACCUACGUGCAACACAUAAAGCGUCGGGACAUCAUUCUGAAGCGGGAGCUGGGAGAGGGGGCCUUUGGGAAGGUGUUCCUGGCAGAGUGCUAUAACCUCAGCCCUACCAAGGACAAGAUGCUUGUGGCUGUCAAGACCCUGAAGGACUCCACCCUUGUAUUUUCUCAGACGCUGAAGGACCCCACCCUUGCAGCGAGAAAAGAUUUCCAGAGGGAAGCGGAACUAUUGACCAACCUGCAGCACGAGCACAUUGUCAAGUUCUACGGUGUGUGUGUGGAUGGAGACCCCCUCAUCAUGGUCUUUGAGUACAUGAAGCACGGAGACCUCAAUAAGUUCCUCAGAGCUCAUGGGCCUGAUGCGUUGAUCCUGGUUGACGGACAGUCGCUGCAGACCAAUGGGGAGCUGGGCUUGUCUCAGAUGCUGCACAUUGCCACUCAGAUUGCCGCAGGGAUGAUGUACCUGGCCUCCCAGCACUUUGUGCACCGUGACUUAGCCACUCGGAACUGCCUGGUGGGCAACGGCCUGCUGGUUAAGAUUGGUGACUUUGGAAUGUCCAGGGACAUCUACAGCACGGAUUACUACCGGGGCUGUGUGGGAGGCCACACCAUGCUGCCCAUCCGCUGGAUGCCCCCUGAGAGCAUAAUGUAUAGGAAGUUCACCACAGAGAGCGACGUGUGGAGCUUCGGUGUCAUCCUCUGGGAGAUCUUCACCUACGGGAAGCAGCCAUGGUUUCAACUGGCCAACAACGAGGUCAUCGAGUGUAUUACGCAAGGACGGGUUCUGGAGAGGCCACGAGCUUGUCCCAAGGAGGUGUAUGACAUCAUGUUGGGUUGCUGGCAGAGGGAGCCCCAGCAGAGGCUGAACAUCAAGGACAUCCAGAAAAUCCUUUAUGCCUUGGGAAAAGCCACACCUGUCUACCUGGACAUCCUGGGCUAGUGUAUGUUGAGUUUUGUCGAUCUGUCUGUUUUGUUGUCUGUCUCUACCCAACAGAUGAAUAAAAACCCAGGAAUAACUCAAGCAACGAGUACCUUAUUGCUCCACUGGCAAACACCUACAAAAUGGGGAUGGACUUAAGUGCCUGCUACUCCUUUCGAUACACUGGAUAACAGUCUUAAAAAAAAGCACUUUUACAUUUUGUUUACCUGCAUUCAAAAAUGUACAGUUGCUGUAUACUAUAUGAAGAGGACAUACUUCAAGUUUUUCAUAAAAACAGCCAACUUAAAGUAUCACAAAAAAACAAAAACAAAAAACAGGAAGAAAACGACCAAAAAAAACACCAAACAAAUUAAAUUUAAAAAAGCUGAAAACCCUGGAAAUUUGUUUUGCUUUUGGGAUCCUGCCAUCUUGACAGAAGAUCAAACUCCCCAGGUGAUUUUCUUUUUCCUUUUAUAAAUAUAUAUUAUAUAUAUUUUUAAUUUAUUUUUAUUUUCAAAGUGUGGAUAUCUGCCAUGUUUCUCGCUAAAGGUACAGUAUGUCACAUGUUGGAGAUGACUGCUUGAUAUUGGCAAGUCAGACAAUUGGCAGGGACUUAUUAAAGUAGGCCUUACUGCACUCUGAUUGGCUGGAUCUAUCUUCUGACUCUGGAUCCAACGAGGUGAUUAGUUACUGAUGGGAAACAGCUUUUCACUGAGACGUGGAACUCAUAGAAAAGACAGAGCCACCAAUCAACACAGACAUCUUAAUUUAAAAUUGAAUGUAUAUACUGUACAUUUCUAUGUCACAAAAAAUAUGUUAACUUAUUUCAUUUCCUAUUUAGACUAUUUUAGUUUCUUGAUGUGUUGUUAUGGUGAGUGAAUUCUAUAGAUAUUUUGAUAAUCUUUCAUUUUUUGUUACUAUGUUAUUUCUGUUGGUUUUAAUGAAUUUCAUCUACUUUUAUUUAGGCUUAUCAUUUUGAACAUGUGAUUAUAAUGUGACAUUGUGAGUCAGGAUGUUAGGAUGUGACAUAAAGAGGAUUUAGACUCAGUAGAGUAAUCAGGACAGACUUUAAGCAAGAAGCAUACAGUAAAGUAGAAAGUGAUUAUGAAGAUCUUACAUAGGCCCCCACUCCCUCCCAUCCCAGCUCAUUGUUUUGUUCUUUCAGUGUAUUCUAGUAAUAGUCAUGUAUCUCAUGUACAGUACAUCUAGCCAGUGAAAAGAGCUAUAGCUAUGAUAUUGCAUUAUUAGCUGUCAGUUGCUGCCUCCUAAAAAGUACAUUUUUAUGACAUUGUAGUAUACUUCAUCUUGUUUUCCAGGUUGUGAAUAAUGUUAUUCAACUGCCUUCAAAUAGUCAUGACCCUGAUGUUUCAAUUCUGUCAGUUUAUACAAUAGGCAAUGCACUACUGGACAUUAUACACAUUGUAACACUGUACAUUAGUGCAGUACCUUCCUCUCAUUUUCCAUACUCUAAACACUUAGAUUCAAGUUAAAGCAUUCAUCAAAUGCAGGCUUGAGAAUGUUUUCUUCUCUCAACGUGCACAAAGUUCCAUUAAGCAAACAAUCCUUUAUGUUCCACAGCUCUCCCAAUGUUAAACAACAGCAAACUUGGCAAAACACAGUGACGUGAUUUAUUCAUUAAGUAGUAGUGAUAGAGCACUCUGUAGCUAUGGGGGCUGUUUGAAACAUUGCACUGUGAUGACAAACACUGGGGCUUCGGGAGAAAGUGCUCUCUCUCCCUCUCUCCUCUCUCUCGCUGCUCCUGCUUUUGCAGAGUAAUGUGAAUCAUUCAAGGUUGUGUUUGGUCUCAAUAACACCCCAAUGAUACAUCCAUAAUUAUUCAAUGCUGAGCCAUACUGGCACCAUGUUUUGCCUAUCUGCAUUUUCUUUAACAAGGAGAGAUAUUAUUUUGUGAUCAUUUUCAUAUUAACAUUUAUGUACACAAUCAUUUGUCUACUUCAACAAAAAUGUAUUUUAAAAGUUUCAAUAUGAAUUCUCUGGUCAAAACGUACAAAUAAUGUACUUUUAUUUCAAUGAAAAGUUCCUUCAUGUUAGAAUGGCGACAUACUCAACGCUUUCUCAUCUUUUUUUGCAAGUACUUCAAAAGAAGCUUUUCCAUUUUCUGCCUACUCAUCACAACAUCGCAAAAACUCUCCUUCGCCUUACUCUCUGAGUUCACAUCUGCAAAGUUUCCGAGGUGCAUCCGACUAUAGGAAUGGAAAGUGACUGGAACAUUUGCCUACUGUCUGCAUUGACUGACUGUCUACAUUGACUGACUGUCUGCAUUCAAUGACUUCACAAUGCACCGGCAUGCAUCCUGAUCUCCCAGGCAAAGUAAACGAGGAGAUUUCCCCUGGUAGUACACCACACAACCCUAUCCUGCUCCUUCCUAUGAUUGAAUCUCCGCUAGUUAACAACUCUGCCCUCUUCCUUUCCUAACACCUCCUCCAUGGAUGAGUACACAAAUCCAGCACAGGCUCAAAUAGAGGCACACUUUACAAACUCGUUAUAAUUUAAAUAAAAUAACAUAGGGUGACUUUCACUCAUCAAAUGGAGUGCACAGAGCCCAUUCAUGCCGGAUUAGGUCCUAAUUGGAAGGAAACAGACAAAGGUCACUUCUGAGGAUGUUGCAAAAAGAUCCUAUAGGAACCAACAGACUCAGAGACAUGUUUAUCAACAGUCUGCACAACACUAGAUUGAAAAUGUUUACAAGUAUAGUAGACUUUGAGGAAAGGAACAUUUAGGCAUUGGUGUUACAAGGCGACGACAUUUCUAAUAACAUAAAGAACACUACACAUUGAUUGUCUGAUAUAGUAUUUUCAGUCAUUCACAUUAGAUAGUUUCAUUACAAUAUUUAAUAAUGAAUCACUGAAAUAAAAAACAUGUUGACAUUUACUUUAGCCCCCUGAUAAUCCCCUGACAGCCCCCUGAUAGUCCACUCAUAGUCCCCUGAUAGUCCCCUGAUAGUCCCCUCAUAGCCCCCUGACAUCACCCUGAUAGUCCACCGACAGGCCGCUGAUAGUCCACUCAUAGCCCCCUGAUAGCCCCCUCAUAGUCCACUCAUAGCACCCUGAUAAUCCCCUGAUAGUCCACUCCUAGCCCCCUGAUAGUCCACUCCUAGCCCCCUGAUAGUCCACUCAUAGCCCCCUGAUACCCUGAUAGUCCACUCCUAGCCCCCUGAUAGUCCCCUGAUAGUCCCUUGAUAGUCCACUCAUAGCCCCCUGAUAGUCUCCUCAUAGCCCCCUGAUAGUCCCCUCAUAGUCACCUCAUAGCCCCCUGAUAGCCCCCUGAUAGUCCCCUGAUAGUCCCCUGAUAGUCCCCUGAUAGUCCACUCAUAGCCCCCUGAUCCCCUGAUAGUCUCCUCAUAUCCCCCUGAUAGUCCCCUGAUAGCCCCCUCAUAGCCUCCUGAUAGCCCCCUGAUAGUCCCCUGAUAGCCCCCUGAUAGUCCACUCAUAGCCCCUUGAUAGCCCCCUGAUAGUCCACUCAUAGCCCCCUGAUAGUCUCCUCAUAGCCUCCUGAUAGCCCCCUGAUAGUCCCCUGAUAGCCCCCUGAUAGUCCACUCAUAGCCCCUUGAUAGCCCCCUGAUAGUCCACUCAUAGCCCCCUGAUAGUCUCCUCAUAUCCCCCUGAUAGCCCCCUGAUAGUCCCCUGAUAGUCCCCUCAUA